AUGAAAAAGCAAAGUAAAAUUAAUGCAAUUUUUAGGAGAAAAGCUACUAAUAAUGUUGGAGUUCAAAUAAGUCAACUCUCUAAUCUUAUUUCACAAGAAGUUCAAGUAAGAGAACUCUCUAAUCUUACUCAAACUACACAUCAACAUGAAACCAAAGUACCAAGAUUAGAAAGAGAUGUUGAUAUCUCUUUACUAGAAAGGUAUCCAGGAAAGCAACGUCCAAUUUGGCAGUAUAAUUUCAAUGAACGUGACAAGAUUCGUAGAGCAUACAUAAUAGAUGGGCCAUACCAACCAACAAAUAUUAGCUAUCCAGCUUCUGGUAAUAACAAUCACCGUCGAUAUUUUCAAUCUUCUUGGUUUAAGAAAUUUCCAAGUUGGUUAGAAUAUUCACCAGAAAAAGAUGUUGUUUAUUGUUUGCCUUGCUACUUGUUUGGUAAACAUUAUGGUGCUCGCAAUGAUGGAAAAAAUACAUUUUCAGAAUUAGGAUUUAGUAAUUGGAAGAAAGUAAACAAUGGGGUGAAUUGUGCAUUUGUAUGUCACGAGGGUUCUAUUCCUAAUUCUCCCCAUAAUUUAUGUGUGAAAUCUUAUGAUGAUUUAAUGGCUCAAUCUAAGCAUAUAAACAAAGUUCUUGAUAGGCAUAGUGAUGAAACUAUUGCAAAUAACCGUUUAAGGUUGAAGACAUCUAUUAAUGCUAUUCGAUGGCUUUCAUUUCAAGCAUGUGCAUUUAGAGGUGAUGAUGAAAGUCCUGGAUCUUUGAAUAGGGGAAAUUUUAUUGAGUUAAUUAAGCUUUUAGCUUCCUGUAAUCAGAAUGUUAACAAUGUUGUUCUUGAAAAUGCUCCUGGAAAUGCUCAAUAUAUAUCUCCCAGUGUUCAGAAAGAUAUAUUGCAUAUCUUUGCUAGAAAAGUGCGUGCAACAAUUCGAGAAGAAAUUGGUGAUUCUAAAUUUUGUAUAAUUAUUGAUGAAGCAAGAGAUGAAUCAAAGCGAGAACAAAUGUCUGUGGUUUUGAGAUUUGUAGACAAGCACGGUUGUGUUCAAGAAAGAUUUUUUGAUCUUAUACAUGUUUCUGAUACAUGUUCUUUGACAUUGAAAACAGAAAUUUCAUCAGUUCUUUCUCGUCAUAAUCUUGAUGUCCAAAAUCUUAGGGGACAAGGGUACGAUGGAGCUAGUAAUAUGCGUGGUGAAUGGAAUGGAUUGCAAGCUCUAUUUUUGAAAGAUUGUCCUUUUGCUUAUUACAUUCAUUGUCUUGCUCAUCGAUUACAAUUAGCACUUGUUUCUGCAGCCAAAGAAGUUUGUUAUGUUCAUCAAUUCUUUUCAAAACUUACACUAAUUGUGAAUAUUGUGACUGUUUCUCCUAAACGUCAUGAUCAGUUAAGGGUUGCUCAAGCAAAUAAUGUUACAAAAUUAAUUGCCAAUGAUCAAAUUGUGAUAGGUAGUGGACUUAAUCAAAUUGGUACUUUGCAAAGAGCUGGAGAUACUAGAUAG